UUGGGACAGUCAGAGCCAUAUUGGACGUCUCAAUGAGGAGAGGUUCAGAAGAAACCUGGAGAGUCUGAGGAAUCGCUACAGUCAGAGCGAAGGCUUUCACAUGAUACAGCAGACGUUCGGCUGUGAGGUACGAGAAGACGGGAGCAAACUAGGGUUUGAGCAUCAUGGAUAUGAUGGGAAGACCUUCCUCACCUUCGACAAGGAGACAGCCAGCUGGGUGGCUCUUGACUCCCAGGCUCAGAUCACCCAGAGGAAAUGGGAUGCUAUUCCAGGAUUCAAUCAGAAACUGAAGUCAUACCUGGAUGAGUACUGCAUUGAUUGGCUGGAGAAGUACCUUUCGUACGGGAACAAGACCCUGCUGAGAACAGAGACCCCAGUGGUGACGGUGAGCAGCAGGACGGAGGCCGAGGAUGGGAUGGAGACGCACGUCUGCCGAGUGGAUGGCUUCUACCCCAGAGAGAUCGAUGCCACCUGGAGGAGAGAUGGGGAGGUCUGGCUGCAGGACACCCUCCAAGGGUCUGUGGCCCCCAACGCAGAUGGGACCUUCCACUACUGGCUCAGCAUCCAGAUCGACCCCAAAGACAGGGGCCGUUAUCGGUGCCACGUGGAGCACGACGGCCUGAAGGAGCCUCUGGACGUGGCCCUGAAGGAAUCCAAAUUGGGGCUCAUCAUCGGCUGCAUUGUGGCUGGUCUUGUCCUGAUGUAUGUGAUUGCUGGGAUCUGGUUUUUCAGGAGACAUCAAAAAGGCUACAGACUGGCAUAAAGUGAGUGAUUUGUCCUCUUUACAGGUGAGCCCCAAUUCAGAGGUGGGGA